AUGAAUGAAUGGACCCCCGGCGUGCAAUAUAACCAGUCUGAUGUGGUAGUCUACCAAGGCAAAACUUAUAAAGCUAUUCGGCCUCACAUGUCUCAGAGCGAUUGGGUGCCUGAAAUUACCCCCUCCCUUUGGGUACUAUUCCACGACUAG